UGCUCACGCAUGUGUAUGCUGCCUACGCUCCUGCUCCUGUCCGUGUAAUUAUCAGAGCAGAUGGGGAUUUGUGCUGAAACGUUCUGGCGAAUCAGCUGUGCCUUUCUUCCUCUCCUUAGGUCCGCUCCUCCAUGCAAGCACAGAGAGAGUGAGGGAGUGAGAGAGAAAGUGAGAACUGGGAGUAUGUUUAAACACACCGGAGUGUGAAGAUGUCUCAUUCUCGUUUGUUUCUCAGUGAAGAAGUUGAGUGAGGUUUUGUUAUUCUGGAAGUAGCUUGAGACGGAUCAGAAGACUCUGUCGGCUCAAGUUUGGGCUCCUAAUCGAGGUCGGAUGUCUCUGCAGGAGCUGCUGCGCGAGAGUCAGGAGACUCCUCAGAGAAUUGUGACGAGGCUCUCGCAGCUUCUGCAUAGCCUCACACUCGCACUGGUGCAGGGGACCAGCAACAGCCCACACACACGCCGGAGCUCCUUGUUGGAGUGUAACGAUGAGAUCAUGCAGCAGGAGACGAGUCCGCUGUGCGCGGCAGACAUCAGCCCUGACCUCCGGAAAUGCUUCGCCUUCCUGUCAGGUGGUCGAGGGAAAAACGACAGCCCCAUCAUCAUCUUCCCAGAGUUCCCUGCAUUUGCAGAGCUGCAGGAAGAAGAGUUUCACAACGUGCUGACGUACCUGACCAGCAUUCCCAGCCUCAGCUCGUCAGGAGUUGGCUUCAUCCUGAUCAUCGACCGCAGGCAAGACAGAUGGGCAUCGGUAAAGGGAACACUACUGCGCAUCGCGGGCUCAUUCCCAGGAAACCUGCAGCUGGUAUUGGUGUUGCGGCCCACCGCCCUGUUCCAGCGUGCAAUCUCAGACGUCCUCUUUAGACUCAACAAGGAUGAGUUUAAAAUGAAAGUGCCGGUGAUCAUGCUUAGUUCUGUGACUGAGCUGCACAGCUACAUAGAUCGCUCCCAGUUAACCCAGGAGUUGGGGGGUACUCAGGAGUAUUGCCACGAGAAGUGGAUCUCUCACCGCACUGCCAUCGAGGGCUUUGCUCUGAUGGUGAAGAAGACUGCUCAGACGCUGCAGGCGUUUGGGACGGAGCUGGCCGAGACAGAGUUGCCCAACGAUGUCGAGGCCACGUCUACCCUGCUGAGCGCUCACACUGAAAAGAAGGAGAAGAUGAAGGAGGAUCUAAAGAUAGCGCUGGGUCAGGGUGGACGCUUGCUGGACAGCAUCAAUGAGCCCUUGGCGUCCGAUCCAGACUACAACAUGAACCAUGAUGAGUUGGAAAACCUGGCUACUGUGCAGAGGCUACUGGGUCAACUGGAUGAGACCGAAACGGCGUUUGAUGACUUUUGGGAAAGGCAUCAGACCAAGCUGGAGCAGUGUCUUCAGCUGCGUUAUUUUGAGCAGAACUUCAGGGAGGUCCGAGCUCAUUUGGACCAGGUAGCUGAUAAAUUGUCCAGUUUCUCUGAGGUGGGCAUAAGCCCCGCCCAUGGCGAGCACAUCCUGAAGGAGCUGACCAGUCACGAAGAGAGAACCUGUGAGGUGCUGGACCGGGCUGUGGCUCUCGCCGCUGAAGGAGACACACUGAUUGAGAACUCUCACUAUGCCGUGGACUCCAUCUUUCCCAAAUGCUCGGAGCUCAGGGAUGUGUGCGAGGAGGUCGGAGCUGUGCUGAAGGCCAAAAAGACUCACCUGCUCAAAGCCAUGGAGCUCCACUCCUGCCUUGAAAAGGCUACCAGAUGGUGCGAUGAUGGGAUUUACCUUCUAGCGUCUCAGCCUGUUGACAAGUGUCAAUCGCAGGAUGGUGCAGAGGCAGCACUGCAGGAGAUCGAGCGUUUCCUGGAUACCGCCAAUCAGCACAAGCUGACAGACUUACCUGGCAUCUGGAGGGAGUACGAAUCUGUGCUGACGGCAGAUUUUCGAGAUCAGGUGGAGCGAGCCUUCCAGAAGCAGCUGUCUAUGGAGGACAUGUUUGAGAAGAGAAGAGUUAGCCUGAAGAAGUUAGCCGCUAAGCAGACACGGCCUGUUCAACCGGUUGCCCCUCGGCCGGAAGCCAUCAUCAUAUCGCCCAUGUCCUCUCCGGCACAUAAAGAGAGGACUUUGUCUUCUGAAAUUAUCAACAACAAAAAAGGUGAUACACUCCUGCAGAAUGGCAGAUGUCUUUCAGAAGAGGAGGAGAACCUGGCUGUACUUAGGCGGCAUGUAAUGAAUGAGUUGUUGGAGACAGAAAGGGCUUAUGUAGAGGAGUUGCUGUGUGUCCUGCAGGGUUAUGCUGAUGAGAUGGAAAGCCCCAGCAUGGCACACCUCAUCCCAGUCACCCUCCACAACAAGAAGGACAUUCUGUUUGGCAACAUGGCUGAGAUCUACCACUUCCACAACAAAACUUUUCUCCGAGAGCUGGAGGCGUACACAGACUGCCCCGAGCUUGUGGGCCGGUGCUUUUUAGAAAGGAUGACAGACCUACAGAUUUAUGAGAAGUACUGUCAAAAUAAGCCACGCUCCGAGUCGCUAUGGCGACAAUGCUCAGACUGCGCUUUCUUCCAGGAGUGCCAGAAGAAACUUGAGCACAAGCUGGGUUUGGACUCGUACCUGCUAAAACCUGUACAGCGCAUAACCAAAUACCAGCUCCUCCUCAAGGAGUUAUUAAAGUAUAGUAAAGGUUGCGAUGGCUCAGAAGACCUGCAGGAGGCGCUCUCGUCUAUCCUUGGCAUCCUCAAAGCUGUCAACGACUCCAUGCACCUCAUCGCUAUUACAGGAUACGAGGGAAAUUUGAAUGAACUGGGCAGGCUGCUGAUGCAGGGCUCCUUCAGCGUGUGGACCGAGCACAAGAAAGGUCACGCCAAGGUCAAGGACCUGGCACGGUUCAAGCCAAUGCAGCGCCACUUGUUCCUGCACGAGAAAGCUGUUCUGUUCUGUAAGAGGCGCGAGGAGAACGGCGAGGGCUACGAGAAAGCGCCUUCUUACAGUUUCAAACACUACCUCAAUAUGAGUGUUGUGGGCAUCACUGAGAAUGUUAAAGGAGACAACAAGAAAUUUGAGAUCUGGUGCAACUCAAGAGAAGAGGUCUACAUCGUCCAGGCGCCAACGCCAGAGAUUAAAAUGGCAUGGGUGAACGAGAUCCGGAAAGUUCUGACCAGUCAACUGAAAGCCUGCAGGGAGGCGAUUCAGCAGAAGACGUCCGAUCAGCUUUCUCCUCUUCCCACCUCCAACAUCAGCCUGAGCCCAUUUAAAACCAGUCAGAAGAGUCAGAAGAAAGGAGAGGAGAAGAGAACUGAGUCUGGGUUCCCUGAGCUCAGCUUAGUGCCUGCAAUGAGAAACUCUGAUAAGGUCAAAGAUGAAACAGUAACCAGUCCCACCACUGACAGGGCCACGGUGGCCAAAAAGCGUUUUACACUGCAGGGCUUCAGCAACCUCAAGAGUCAGAAAGAGUUGCUAACAGCUGGUGCUAAAAGCCAUACAUUACCUAUAGUUACACUCUGCCCACCAGGAUAUCCCCCUAGUCCUGACCACAAAACUAAGCGGCAUGAGAUUAAGAGUGAUCCCACGCCAUUUGGCUUCAAAGGGUUCAGUAAAGCCUCUUUGUCUAUGGACGCCUCAGAGGAGAAUGACGGAUACUCCAGUGCAGAGGACCCCUUAAACUCUGACCCUGAGGAUGAGGGGAGGAAACUGUCUCCAGGCAAGUACAUUGUUGUAGCUGACUAUGAUAAAGGAACUCAGGACCUCACAGUGAAGUGUGGAGACAUGGUGCAGUUGGUCCGAGAGGGCAGUGACGGCCAAUGGUUUGUGCGUAACCUGAAUAACAGUAAAGAGGGCUGGCUCGCUGCUGCUAACCUGCUCACUCUGAUCGGGGAGUCAAAGUCCUCACAGUCUCUCACCAGCUCAGAAGGCAGCGGCUCGGGCAAUCUGAGCACAUCAUCCAGCUGCAGCGAGACCUACACCAGCUUCUCUGACAUCAAACCCUGAGGCCUGUGUCUCCAUCCUGCCUCUAUAGCACUGCCUAAUGGCAACUUCUACACACUGCACUUUCUGCUGAGACACCUCCUAGACCUCCUUCUCCCUUUCCUUCUUUUCCUCCUUCUCCAUGGACUGUAUUUAACACCAGUCAUAGCGAUUUAACGUACAGCUUCACUCGCACCUGUUCCUUUCCUGAGUGUGUUACAAGGAGAGACAGAAGAAGCUGCACUCCUUCUGAAAAAUAAGCUAUUUAUAUAUCUAUUAGUGCAAUAGUAUUUCAUUCAAAAAGCAGCACAGUUUCUCCACUAAGCUCAAAGCUGUGAUCUUUAGUCUUGUACUGAGAGCAUCAGAAACCGGGAUAUUUUCAGGAACAAUAUUUUGAUUUCUACUUUGCCAACAUUGCAGGACACGUGAACAGAGCGUUACGUGACUCGGAUUCAGAAUGUCGGAAGCGUGACCAGUUUCCUAACUGUGAAAUUGUCCUGUUGAAAUUUACUGUAUGUAUUAAUCAGAAACAGCUGUAUAUUUUGAGAUUAUUUUCUGUAUAAUAUUUGUAAAUAUUAUCACGCAUUAUAACUUGAACUUUUCUUUUUUUUCAUGAAAUAGCAGUAUGUAUAUUAAAUGUUCAUGUGUGGUCUCACCGUAUCUGAAGCUUGUUGUCUGCACUAUUUUACAAUUUUACGGGCAUUUUAAUGAACUUUUUUUUUUUUUUUUCCCCCCCAAACAAAAUUCAUAUUACGCAGGUUCUAAACAAAGCUUAAAUAAUAAACGAAUUAUUGUACCACAAUUCAUUUGAAUAUAAAUCAUGGUGCCCCAAUUUUAUUAUAAAUUUUUUUUUUUUAAUCAUACUCCUGUAUGUCUGUAUGUAAACACUGCACAUGUUUUACACCUUAAUUGAAUGAAAUGGCUGUAUUUCAGCCUCAUGUGGCACAUUGCCCCUUGUAUUUCUCUAUUUUCAUAUUUGUAAUAAAGAUAUGCGUCUGCUAUGUAUGUAUACGUGUAAAGUGUAAAUAUGUAUUUAAGAGUAUGUAUGAAUUAAGAGAGAUUAUGCUUGAAUAAAGUUUACUGAUACGUUUCAACUCGA